AUGUCAUUAGAAGAAGCAAGAAAUCUAGUGAAGGAUAAAGACUACACUAAGGCUGAAGCCGCUUACCUACAAUUGUUAGAUCGAGAUGUAUCAGAUGCAGGUGAUAAAAUAAAAAAUGAGCAAGAAUCUGCUAUAUUGGAAUUGGGUUCCUUAUAUAUGGAAACCCAUAAUACAGCAAAAUUACGUGAUUUUAUCCCACAUUCUACUGAUUAUAUGGCUCAAUUUGCUAAAUCUAAGACAGCAAAAGUGUUAAAGACCUUAAUUGAAAAGUUUGAACAAGUACCAGAUUCAUUAGAUGAUCAAAUAUAUGUAUGCCAACGUAGUAUUGAGUUUGCUAAGAGUGAGAAGAGAGUAUUUUUAAGUCAUGCAUUAUCUAUUAAAUUAGCUACUCUUCAAUACAAAAAGACUAAUUAUAAAGAAUCCCUAGAUUUAGUUAAUGAUUUAUUGAUUCAAUUCAAGAAAUUAGACGAUAAACCUUCUUUGGUCGAUGUUCAUCUAUUGGAGAGUAAAGUAUACCAUAAAUUAAGAAAUUUGGCAAAGGCUAAAGCAGCUUUGACCGCUGCUAGAACUGCAGCAAACUCUAUAUAUUGUCCAACUGUUACAGUUGCUGAAUUAGAUUUAAUGUCUGGUAGUCUCCAUUGUGAGGAUAAAGAUUAUAAGACUGCGUUCUCUUAUUUCUAUGAAAGUUUCGAAAGUUUCCAUAAUUUAACUACACCAAGUUCUUAUGAAAGGGCUUGUCAGGUCUUAAAAUACAUGUUACUAUCGAAGAUCAUGUUAAAUUUGAUUGAUGAUGUGAAGACUAUAUUGAAUGCAAAAUAUACGAAGGAAACAUAUCAAUCUCGUGGGAUCGAUGCGAUGAAAGCAGUCGCUGAGGCUUACAAUAAUAGAUCUUUACAACAAUUUAAUACAGCAUUGAAGAAUUAUCAAUCAGAAUUAAUGAGUGAUGAUCUAGUGAGGUCUCACUUCAAUGCAUUAUACGACACGUUAUUAGAAUCCAAUCUAUGUAAGAUCAUCGAACCAUUUGAAUGUGUUGAAAUCUCUCAUAUCUCAAAGAUGAUUGGUCUAGAUGCACAACAGGUCGAAGGUAAAUUAUCUCAAAUGAUCCUAGAUAAGGUAUUCUAUGGGGUUUUAGACCAAGGUAAUGGUUGGUUGUAUGUCUAUGAUACGCCGCAUAAAGAUGCCACAUAUGAUUCUGCUUUAGAAUUGGUCUCUGAAUUGAAUAAGACUGUUGACCUUUUGUUUGAUAAGGCAAGCGUCUUGUACUAG